AAAAAGGCGAAGUUGCAAAACGAAGCAGAAGCUGCACAAACAUUAGCGAAAAAAAGGGCGCCGAAGCCUAAGUUAAGUGAAAAAGUGUGUGUGUGAAGAAAAGCCGUCAAAAUUCAGAAAAACGCCGCGCAAACCGUUGGCCGCAAGUCACUGACUAAAAUGGCUAUACAGCUGGACAAGAUUUUGGCGGACAUUGCCAAGGAAAAAGCGUUGCAUCCGAAUAAUGCCAGCGCGAGCAAACAAGAGCAGGACGACGCCUGGGCGCGCAUUGGCCGCCUCAACAAGCUGACCGUGCACGAGUCGCGCUCCAUUUUCAUAGUGCUACAAAAGAAAUACGAACAGGAGAAACUAAAAGGCAACUCCGGCUGGAAGCUAUUCGGGCUCAUGCAGAAAAUCCAUCAGGAGCCCAAGGCCGCCAUCAAAGUGGAGGAUGAGUCAUUGCCCAUGGAGGAUGUGGAAGAGUAUGAAAUGCUGGAGGUGCAGGAGCAGGAGGAGGAGGAUGAGGCAACUACCACGACACAGGAAUACGUGCAGAAAUCAAAUUCCACCGGCUCGGCCAGCUCCGAUGGCGAUAGUCCAACAAAAUCAAGCAGCACCGGCGGCGGCACACCCGAAAAGGAGGAGAAAUCCCAUCAUGCCAACAAGCCAAAUGUUGACACACCGCGUCCAGCAUUCGAGGAGAAGAAACUGCUAAACACAAUGGCCAGUAAUCCGCAACGAUCGUGCGGGCAACAGGCGAGCGCUGUUUCUGUGGCGGCAGCAGCGCUGCAAAAGAAGGGCAUCACAUUGAAAAAGACACCGAGUGGUGCUUUUGGCCACAAAUCGCCGGCAACAAUAGCAGCUGCGUCUCAACUGCAACAGCAUAAGAUGGCACACUCUGCACGCACCACCAUCCAACUGCCAGAGUCGGUGAAACGUAAAUUGUCCGAUGAAUGCGCCAGUUUGCCGUCAGUGCAAAAGAAGCUGCAGAAGACGCAGACAAGUCCCAAGCAAAUGGCCACAGCAUCCACAUCCACAGAGGCGCCAACACCCACAACUAGCAAUGUGGUGCACACGACUACCGCCCAACUGUUGCAGGUGAAGAAGGAGCGCGAGAGCAAUCAAUCACCACCGCCGGGCAUUAAUAUCAUAACUAUACCACCCUCACAACAGCUCAAUGGCAAUUUGGUGGGUGGUGCUGGUGGUGGUGGUGCGAACUCUUCUACGGCUGCCACAAUUGCAACCACAUCGAUGGCCAGCACCAAUGGGUAUUCGCCGCACAUGGACGAGCUCAAUGAGAUCAUCUUUGAUUCGUCGAAGGUGAAUGCGGGCUCCCACAACACCGCCGAGAUUAUCAAUUUAGGAAACUAUGAUAAUUCGCUGCCGCCGACAUUCUUCAAGAAUCUAUGCAACUCGAAGCGCCACGAGGCACUCGGCCUCUAUGUGGCCAAUGUGAUGAAUCGAAUCUCACAACGUGCAGCUGCCAAACUGGAGCUGGGCAUCCUACGCGCCAUUGUCGAUGUGCAAAGCGAUGAGUUGGAGCACUAAGCCAACCAACCAAGCCGAUCAAAAUCCCCUAGAGCUAGAGACAAAACGUAGACGACAACCAACAUUUUGUGUGGUUUUAAUAUGACAUUAUUGCAAGGCUGCAAGUUUACACGAGUUUUUAGCAAUGGUUUACAUGUUCAAGUAUUUCAUGAUAUUUUAGUCCCAUUUCAAAAGUACAAACUUAUAUUUUAGCUGUUUUUUUUUCUUUUUACAAGAUUUUAAUACGAAAACUUUUGAGAUUAUUGAUUAUAGCUGCUCAGUUUAACUUAAAGCAAUAUCUAUUUAUUGAAUUAGCAGUAUAUUUUUAUUACUUUAAACUUUAAAACGUUUUAUUUGCGACUUGAUAUUUGAAACGUGUAAACCUAGACCGGCAGCUAAAUUAUAUCUACUCUACUUGAUUUCGUAAAAAAGACUAUAUAAUAUAUAUAUAAGACAGCAUUAUUUAAUUGCAAAAUAGUAUUUAAAGAACUCGUGUAAACGCCGGAUUUCAAUUGCAACAUAAUAUUGAUGUAUUUUAAGAAAAUUUCCUACGUUUAUGCAAUGAGCCAAUAUCGUAUUGAUGUUCGAAUUUAAUCUACAACUUUUAAUGAUUAUAUGUUUAUCAAAAAAUACGCAUAAAACGCGCAUCGUGUAAACGUAGAAAUUACCAACAAGAAUUCAUCAUCAAACUCAAAAUUCAUCCAUUCAUCAUUUUAGUUGAUAAGCUCAAAUCACAUUUAAAUUAUAUGAUAAAUAAAGACGCAUUAUAUCCACUUA